AUGGCCCGUGUUGGGCUGUUAGUGGCAAUUGUUCUACUGAGCCAGAUUGGCGAUGCACAUGGAGAUUGCUGGCUGAUUGAGGGAGAGAAAGGUUAUGUUUGGCUGGCCAUCUGCAGUCAGAACCAACCUCCUUACGAGUCCAUUCCUCAGCACAUCAACAGCACAGUACUGGAUCUUCGCCUCAACGAGAACAAGCUGAAGGUUCUCCUGUACAGCUCCCUCAGCCGUUUUGGCAACCUAACUGACUUGAACCUGACGAAGAACGAGAUUAGCUACAUCGAAGACGGGGCGUUUUUGGUUCAAUCUAACCUGCGUGUGCUACAACUGGGCUACAACAAGCUGACCAACCUCACGGAGAACAUGUUCCGGGGACUAACCAGGCUGGAGUACAUGUAUGUCCAGCACAACUUGAUUGAGAGCAUCUCAGUCAACAGUUUCUGGGAGUGCCCCAACCUCAUCAGCAUUGACCUGUCUGCCAACAGGCUGGCGAAGCUGGAGGGUAGCACGUUCACCAGCCUCAGCGGCCUGAUGGUGUGUGAGCUGGCAGGCAACCCGUUCAACUGCUCCUGCGAGCUGGUUGGCUUUCUCAACUGGCUUGCCGAGUUCAACAACGUCACCAAGACCUACGAUCGGCUUCAGUGCGAGAGCCCAGCAGAAUACGCCGGCUACCCUCUCCUCAGUCCGAGACCCAACAGCCACCGGAACGCCAUCACCCUCCUUGCUUCCUCUUGCCGCAAUGGUGUCAAGAUCAUUCCGUUCUCCACGCCCAUGGCUUCCAAAGACCCUGAAACCUACUCUUCGGGGAUUAACCCGGCAGAAUUCUCGUCAACAGAGCCGAUUACAACGUUCACGCUGGACGCCUCGAACAGCCCGACCAUCAAACUGCACCAUGUGACUAUCACUGGAGCCACCCUGGUAGUUCAGAUCCCUUCUCCCUACAGCAGAAUGUACAUCCUCGUUCAGUACAAUAACAGUUACGUUUCGGACGUCACCAAUCUGCGCAACAGGAAGGAGUACAUUAAGCUGGAGAAGCUGAAGGCCCUGACUGAUUACACCUUCUGUGUGGCUUCCAUCCAGAAGUCACAGAGGUUCAACCACACCUGCCUGACCUUUGCGACCAGAGGGAGGAUGAUAAACCAGCCCUCCAAUUCUUCCACCACCACCCAUUACAUCAUGACCAUCCUGGGGUGCUUGUUUAGCAUGGUCAUUGUGCUGGGCGUGGUCUACUACUGCCUGCGGAAGAGGAGGAUCCAAGAGGAGAAGCAGAAGUCCAUUAACGUUAAGAAAACCAUCUUGGAGAUGAGGUACGGACCCGAGUCUGAGACCGGCAGCAUGAUACACCAGAUGCAGAAGUUCCACGAGCAGCCAAUUUCCGUAUCCAGGAUGUCCUCACUGCCAUCUGUGUCGGGGGAUAAGGGACAAUUUAAACCAAUGGACAUAAAUGAGACCCCCAAGACCACCAAGGGCAACUAUAUCGAAGUCCGUACCGGGGAGACCUUGGAACGCAAGGAAGAGGAGAUCAAACAGACUGACAAUGGGCAAGGGUCAACUGCAGAGAUCUCUACCAUUGCACAAGAAGUGGACAAGGUCAAUCAGAUCAUUAACAACUGUAUUGAUGCAUUGAAGCUGGAUUCCGCUGCCUUUAUAGGCACCGACUCUGAGGUGUCCAUUGACCGCCAGGUCACACCCAGCACCUCCUCCUCCCAGCUGGAGAGGCCUGGUUUCCUCUCGCCCACCUACAAGGAAGGGGGUUACCCACUGCAGCGCCAGAGCAGCGCGGACGCGGCCCGAAAGCGUUGCAGCAUCUCCUCGAGCGGCUCCGGGAAGAGCGCGCGCGUCUUCAGCCUCGACAUUCCCGAACCUCCCUCCAAGGCAGAGUCAAAAUACAUCGAGAAGAGUGCACCGGCCCCAACCUCCUUAAAGCGUCUUCCUUCUGUGGCAGCGGGAGAGAUCCACCAUCUGGAGGUACAGCAAACCUACCACAGCAGUGAGCAUCGACACUCCUUCCCUGCCUUAUACUACGAAGAACAUGGGGACACUAUAAGAGAGAGGUCCGCGUUAUUAAAGCCACUCUCCCGAUCCAAAAGGGACUCUGCCUACUCCCAGCUCUCUCCCAGACACCAGUUCUCUGGAUAUUCUUCCAGCCCGGAAUAUUCGUCGGAAAGCACUCUCAAGAUCUGGGAGAGAUUCCGUCCCUAUAAAAAGCACCCUCGGGAGGAGGUGUAUAUGGCCGCUGGACACGCCUUGCGAAAAAAAGUCCAGUUUGCUAAAGAUGAAGACUUACAUGAUAUUUUAGAUUAUUGGAAAGGUGUAUCUGCUCAACAGAAAAUGUGA